CUGCUUGUGUAAUGUUAUAUCGAAACUGAGCCUCCAGCCAAUGCUCCCAGUGUGGUGUAACCUCUGUUAGAAUUCAUUAAUAUUCCAGUUAAAGAUACAGUCUAAUUGGACAAUAGCCUAUAAACUACCAAAGAUUUAAUAUGUUGCGCUACAUUUCCAGGACCAGUAUUUUAUUCAGUUUUGCCUUUCUUCUCGUCCUUUUGGGAUUCAUCUAUUUCUACUCGGGAUAUACCCUCUCAUCAUUCAGAUUUUGCGAAACCUGUGAAGAUAAUCCUGAGGGGAAGGAUGUAGAGAAGGAUGUACAGAUAAAAGGCUGCUUUGACAGCUGGAGGAUUGGAGACCUAAAAAUGCAAACUGGAGUGAAAUAUGCUCAGCCAAGCACACAAAAAGGACGCACUGAUGUGAACUCAGUGACAAACUGGAAUGCUCCUCUGGUUUGGGAGGGAACCUUUGAUCCAGUGGUUAUCGAUGCCAUCUAUAAGAAAAUGGACCCAAGAGUCGCUGUGGUGGUGUUUGCUGUUGGCAAAUAUACCCGUUUCCUGAAGGGCUUCCUGGAGUCAGGUGAAAAGUACUUUCUUGUUGACUUCAGGGUCACAUACUACAUCUUAACAGACAAUGAACAAGAUGUUCCCAAAAUUGAGCUUGGUAAGGGCCGGAAGAUCUCAGUUGUCACUAUCCCCAGUGCCAGCCGCUGGCAAGAUGUAGUACUUGGCAGGAUGAAAUGGGCCACCAUCACCAUUGACAAACAGAUCCGCAAUGAAGCAGAUUAUCUUUUCAUGAUGGACAUCGACAGUGUCUUCCACAACCGCUUUGGAGCCGAGUCUCUCAGCCAGCUAUCUGCUGUGCUUCACCGUGGCUACUACAAGAAUACAAACAGGGAUCAGUUUCCGUAUGAGCGUCGACCCAAGUCCAAGGCGUAUAUUCCUGCUGAUGAAGGAGAUUACUAUUACACUGCUGCUGUCUGGGGUGGAUACCUGGAGGACAUGUACAAACUUGUCAAGUACUGUUACAAGCAGUCGCAGGAGGAUGCUAAGAAUAAGAUUGAAGCUGUGUGGCAGGAAGAGAGUCAUCUGAACAAGUACCUGUUGUACAACAAACCAACCAAGGUCUUCUUGUCUCCAGAGUACCUGUGGUCGGAGGAUAUCAUCAGCAGACAGACAGACAUCAAAGUGGUCAGGAUCUCCCUGGUUAGAACUACUAUGCAGAGGUGCAAUGGUGACACUGAUGAGUGUUGA